AUGAAUGGUGAAAACGGAAUUUGGCCACUUCUCCUCUUUUGGGUCACUCCUGGGAUCUUGUCCCAGGUUCCCCAAGCGAGCGAGUAUGACUAUGUGAGCUUCCAGCCGGACCUGGGCAGGCAGUACCAGAGUGGCCGUUUCUAUUCCAGACCGGCGCAGUGCCUGGAGAUUCCUCAGGACAUGACCCUGUGCCAUGGGGUCGGAUACAAUAAGAUGGUACUGCCCAACCUUCUUGACCAUGAGACAAUGGCGGAGGUGAAGUACCAGGCAAGUAGCUGGGUCCCUUUGCUCAGUAAGAAAUGCCAUCCUAGCACACAGGUGUUCCUGUGCUCUCUCUUCGCCCCAGUGUGUCUGGACAGGCCCGUCUACCCUUGCCGCAGACUUUGCGAGUCGGUCAGAGAUGCCUGUGAGCCGGUCAUGCAAUAUUUUGGCUUCCACUGGCCAGAGAUGCUUCGUUGUGAGCAGUACCCCACAGAAGAAGAUGUCUGUAUCGCUGUUCAUUUGCCUAAUGCCACCCAAGCGCCACGGUCACGAAAGACAGAGGUGUGCCCUCAAUGUGACAGUGAGAUAAAGGCUGACUCUCUCUAUGAACACAUGUGCGCCAGUGACUUUGCUCUGAAGGUAUCGAUACGGGAGGUGAAAAAGGAAAAUGGAGACCGCAAGUUGCUCCUCCGAAAAAAGAAGGCUCUGAAGAAAGGACCCAUUCAGAAAAAAGACUGGGCAGAACUGGUCCUCUAUCUUAAGAAUGGAGCCAACUGUCCUUGUCACCAGCUGGAUCAACUGAAAGGGCAGUUCCUGGUGCUGGGGCGAAAGGCGAAGGCUCAGCACCUCCUGACUGCAAUACACAAAUGGGACAAGACCAACCGAGAGUUCAACCGCUUCAUGCGUAAAGUCAAAAAGAGCAAGUGCCCUAUACCGCUCACAGCCCCCCAUUAA